AUGGCGUCCGAAAACGGCUCUGAAUACCAAGAUGAGAAAGCAGCUCUUGUAGAGACUCGCUCAGAGGAAGACGUACAGCAGCAGUGCGGCACAGUUGCGAAACAAAGCGAAUCGAAACUGACGCUUUAUCACUGGACGCAGUCUUUCAACUCUCAGAAGGUGCGUCUGGCCGUUGCUGAGAAAGGUUUGCACUGCAAGGAGUAUGAUGUGAGCCUCCCGCUCAGUGAACACAACGAGCCCUGGUUCAUGCAUCUGAACCCCACUGGGGAGGUGCCAGUCCUACUCCACAAUGACAGCGUCAUCUGUGACCCCACGCAGAUCAUGGACUACCUGGAGCAGAAUUUCAAUGAUGAAGGCACUCCCAAGCUGAUCCCAGAAGAGGGCAGUACGUACUAUCACAGAGUGCAGCACUACAGGGAGCUGCUGGACUCGCUGCAGAUGGAUGCCUACACCCAUGGCUGCAUCCUCCACCCCGAGAUCACGGUGGACUCCCACAUACCCGCAUAUGCUGCCACAUGUAUACGAACACAGAUCGGAAACACACAAACUGAGCUGAAGAAGCUGGCAGAGCAGAACCCCGAGCUCAAAGAUGCUUACGUAGCAAAGCAGAGGCGCUUGAAAUCCAAGCUGUUUGACCACGACAACAUGAAGUACCUGAAGAAGCUUCUGGAUGAGCUGGAGAGUGUGAUGGACCAGGUUGAGACCGAGCUCCAGAGGAGGGUGGAGGAAACACCAGAAGAAGGCAGUCAGUCCUGGCUGUGCGGGGAGUUCUUCAGCAUGGCCGACGUCUCUCUGGCAGUCACCUUACACCGCCUCAAGUUCCUCGGCCUCUCCCGCCGCUACUGGGGCAACGGUAACCGCGUGAACCUGGAAACAUACUACGAGCGCGUGGUGCAGCGGCCAGCCUUCAGGAGAGUGCUGGGCCACGUCAACAACAUCCUGAUCUCCGCCGUCCUCCCCGUGGCGUUUCGCGUGGCCAGGAAGAACGCGCCGGUCAUCCUCGGCACCACUCUGCUGAUAGGGGUUCUAGGAGGAGCUACGUACCUCGCUUUUCUUUACAUGAAGAAGAGGCUGACUCUCUCCUGCUGA